AUGGCAUCUCAAAGACUCCUGGGGGUAAGUGAAAGUUGGCAUUUCCAGGGGACUUAGCUUUAGGACGUAGAAUAAUGGUAUCAUCAAGUUUGGCAAAGAGCUAUCAAUGGUCAAAGGAAGCUUCUGUUUGUGUUUGUUGGUUUGUUUAUUCAAAUGUAAGCCUGUGACUAGGGAGUGUCUUGUUUUUGAUUUUGUAUAAGCCUCUCUGGGAGCCUUUUUGGCUGAGAAGAGGAGUACAAAUGCUCUGAAUGAAUGAGUACUUUCUCCCCGUGGCCAUCUCUGACCUUCAUCUCUUGUUUCAGGUCACCUUCCUUCCUGCGGAGCAGCUCUUGGAGGCCAAGUGCUUCCUGGCCAGUGACCUUGCUGCUGAGAGCAUCUUCGAGCCUUGGACAUCUCCUACUUGCUGCAAAGAGUUCAGUGGCAAAGCAGUGGAGGUAGGAUGCUGCCAGGGUAGGAGAGAAGAAUCUCCACCUUGAAGUAGGGGAGUCCACCCCAUGCCAUUGGGUGGCCAUGACACAUGUUUGUUGGGAGGGGCCUCACAAUGUCAGAACAAGAACCUCAGCCCAAAGGUCCUGAGACAGCCCCACUUCCUGGUACUAUAUGAGUGACCCUCUCCUUCAUGUCUGACAGGUGGAGGUGCUGCUGGAGGCCUUCCAUAAGAUCACUCCAAGGUCUACAAUGGAGAGCAGAGAAGUGGCCAUCUUACCUUAACAUCACCUGGAUAAAGUGGUUGAAUACCUCCUCCAAUUUUCUUUCAUGUAUGAGGCACUCAGGCUUCUACCAGCCUAAAAGAGAUGUUGGGAAUUUGCAGGGCUUGCUCAGAAAGUAACUCUCUCCCCGAGGGGGGAGGCCAGGCAGCUGGAGAACCCGCUCCCCACAGUGUCAGCAGCCAGUCUCCAAAUCUCUUCCUCCCUCUGGAUUCCCAGCUGAUUUGGUGCCUCAUGGCAAGAGACAGAGGAUUUGGAGGGCUCCCGCUGUGGUACCAUAGCCAGGAUUAGGUCCUUUAACAGGAAGAGCAACAGAGCAGAAGCCAAGAAGGCAGGGACAAGUCUCUGUCCUCUAGGCGAGGCAGCAAGGGGUGAGAUUGGUGCAGGUUCCCCCUCUCUUUUUGCCAUCUGCAGAGAUGCAGCAGCACAGAGGGGCUGAUCCAGAUCACUGAGGGAUCCUUCUGGAGUGCAGGAGACCAGGGAAGACCAAGCCAUUUCCUCUCUGUGACAUGGCAGCAAGCAGUAGAGUUCCUGAUGGAGCCGGACCACCUGUGGAGGGGUCAGGUUUAGAGGCAAAGCGUCUUUCUGGCCCCCGCACCACUGCCCAGAGAACCAAAUGGUCCCCUCCGUGCAAUAAUGUGCCAUCCCUGAGCCAAGAGAGCUGACUGUUGCUGUGCCUGCAAGAGAAUAUGGCAGGAGGUUUUGGCUGACCAACAACAACUACUCCAUCUGAAGACUGAGCAGCUGCAUCAGAGCCCCUUGGCAGAGUCUGCCACCGCUGUGGUAAGGACGAAUCCCCUGCUUUCUGGCUUCUUCUCCCCAGAGUAAUAUCAAGGGGUUUCUGUAUUCUGCAGAAAAGCAGGGAAAGUGACUUGCACUUCUCUCUCUUCCAGCAACACCUGACCAGCCUGUUGCACACCAUCCGCAGGAUGGAUGAAUACAAGGUACCUAUGCGCCAUCACUUUCCACAGCUGCUGAUAGCUGCCAACUUCCUGCCUGCCCAGGAAUUCCUCAACUCAGUAGUGCAUUGCAAAGGGACAAAUUGAGUCCUUUUUCCUUCAGCCUAUGGUGUUUCUUGUCCAGCUUGAUUUUCCAAGGGAGACUAUCCUUCAGGUGGCUACUAGGGAGCAAGGAUGCAGAAGGAAUUUGAUUCUGUUUGCAUGUCAAGGCAGAUCUGCAUAAUUCAUAAUUUCUGGAAAUAUCAACUUCUGGGGGGAGCCUUGUAAAUGUGGUUUUUCAGUUUGGUUCUUGGUGUUCUGGUAUGGGGUACUCACAAAGGAGAAAGUGGCUGGAGCAAGGAGGCCCCUGCUUGGUUUCGACUCUUUUGUUCCCACCAACAGCAGAGAGUCCCCCCAUUCUUGGUCCCUAUUCUUGAUCCCUAUGCCACAAUCAUGCCAUCUUUGGCUACAUUGAAGAGACUGCAAAGCCAAGCAAGGUCUCUGCCCAAUAGAACGUAGCAAAGGCAUCUUUAUUGAUGAGAUCUUUGCCAGUGAAGGGGCAAUUGUAAUCUCCUACAAAAGGCCUUCCAGUAACGUUGUUAUGGCUGGCUCCAAGAAGUAUCGUUCCCAAGGUUCCACAUUUAAAGUCUUUCCUCUGGAUGCAGAUAGCAGACAUCCGCCCUCCCCAAUUUAGACGGCAACCUCAAUGGGGGUUCCCCAACAUGCCCCCUUCAGAAUUUGGACCUCACCCCUACUAUGUACUCGUUUACCUUAAAUAUUCUGUGGCUCAUGUCAAGGCUACUUAGGUCCAUUCACUUCAGUGGGUUUGCUCAGCGCAAAACAUAGUUGGAUCCAACUCUCCAUCUGUAAAACUACAGAUGGUGGAUAAAACAAGAACCUGUCUAAACCUCCAUUGGGAAAUGUUUUGUACAAGGAAAGCAUCCUAUCCCUUCACCAAAGAGUUUCUUUCUCUUUGGGUCUCUUGAGCUGCUUAGCUACCAAAUGUGAGUCUAUCCCUGCAAGGAAGCACUGGACCACCUGCUCACCUGGCUGCAGCAUGAUCACCUGCAAGUCUGGAAGCUCAGCCUCAGAGGGAUAUCCCCGCUUUUGGACUCUGACAUGGCAAGUGAUGCUCAGAGGGAGAGGGAGGGAUUUAGAUUCGAAUCACAGCCAAGCACUGUUUGCAGGCAGAAUGGUGAAGGGUCUGUGCUAAAAGAAAAACUGUUGGACUUUUCAGAUCUUUGAAAAGAUUCUCUCCUUUUUAUAGGACCCUUUGGUUCGGUGGCCGCUUACUGCUAGAUUUCCUCCCUUAUGCAGAAUAAUAAUAAUAAUAAUAAUAAUAAUAAUAAUAAUACCCCGCCCAUCUGGCUGGGCCUCCCCAGGCACUCUGGGUGGCUUCCAACAGGGUAUUAAAAACGCAAGAAAACUAAAACAUUAAAAACUUCCCUAAAUAGGGCUGCCUUCAGAUGUCUCCUAAAAGUCAGAUAGUUGUUUAUUUCCUUGGCAUCUGGUGACAUACUUGAAAAGCUGAUGUCCUCGCAGAGCUGAUGCACCCAGUAGAGCUAGCUGACCUCUCCAGGGAGCUGGGGGAGGAAUGCCUGAAGAUGCUGGCUGAAAGCUCCUGUGGUCUGGCUGCCCAUGUGCGUAUUAUGGAACAACCGCUUUCUGGAUUGCACAUUACAUAAUAGACUGCAUCUGGUAAGGUCACUUUGCUUUGUUUGCAGCUUUGCACAGAGUUAUCCCAUUUCAUCUUCCCAACAACCCAGUAGAGGUUAGUUAUGAUCCUCUACUGAACAUCAUAGCCAUAGCACAAAACUGCAUGGGAAGUUACAAUAUAUGAAGUACAAAAUACAUAAUAAAAAUAAUCAGUGCACAAAAUUCAUAAUAACAAUAAAAAUAAAACAAUUAACAAGAGUAAUAUAUACACACUGAUAAACCAUAAAAAAGCUGUUAUGGGAAUAAAAUUAGGAAUAAAAUAAGCUGAAGGCUUUUGCCGACAACCUAGUUUUAACAUUACAAGAACCCCAAAUGAGAGGGAUAGUAGCGCUGCAAAUAAUUGAAGAAUUUGGAUUUCUAGCAGGAUUUAAAAUAAAUAAAGCUAAAACAAAAAUGAUGGUUAAAAAUAUGAACGAGGAAUUAAUAGACCAACUACAGAAGGAAAUGGAAAUCAAGGUGGUAAAGAAAGUUAAAUAUUUAGGUAUAUGGUUAUCUCCAAAGAAUAUAAAUCUAUUUAAAGACAAUUAUGUAAUAAUUGAAGUGCAAGCUGGAUUUCAAAGGGGCAGAGGAACCAGAGACCAAAUUGCAAACAUGCGCUGGAUUAUGGAGAAAGCUAGAGAGUUCCAGAAAGACAUCUAUUUGUGCUUCAUUGACUAUGCAAAAGCCUUUGACUGUGUCGACCACAGAAAACUAUGGCAAGUUCUUAAAGAAAUGGGAGUGCCUGAUCACCUUAUCUGUCUCCUGAGAAAUAUCUAUGUGGGACAAGAAGCUACAGUUAGAAUGAUAUGGAACAACUGAUUGGUUCAAAAUUGGGAAAGGAGUAUGGCAAGGCUGCAUAUUGUCUCCCUGCUUAUUUAACUUAUAUGCAGAAUUCAUCAUGCGAAAGGCUGGGCUGGAUUAAUCCCAAACCGGAAUUAAGAUCGCCGGAAGAAAUAUCAACAACCUCAGAUAUGCAGAUGACACAACCUUGAUGGCAGAAAGUGAGGAGGAAUUAAAGAACGUUUUAAAGAGGGUGAAAGAGGAGAGCGCAAAAUAUGGUCUGAAGCUCAACAUCAAAAAAACGAAGAUCAUGGCCACUGGUCCCAUCACCUCCUGGCAAAUAGAAGGGGAAGAAAUGGAGGCAGUGAGAGAUUUUGCUUUCUUGGGCUCCAUGAUCACUGCAGAUGGUGACAGCAGUUACGAAAUUAAAAGACGCCUGCUCCUUGGGAAAAAGGUGAUGGCAAACCUAGACAGCAUCUUAAAAAGCAGAGACAUCACCUUACCAACAAAGGUCCAUAUAGUUAAAGCCAUGGUUUUCCCAGUAGUGAUGUAUGGAAGUGAGAGCUGGGCCAUAAAGAAGGCUGAUUGCCGAAGAAUUAAUGCUUUUGAAUUAUGGUGCUGGAGGAGACUCUUGAGAGUCCCAUGGACUGCAAGAAGAGCAAACGUAUCCAUUCUUAAGGAAAUCAGCCCUGAGUGCUCACUGGAAGGACAGAUCGUGAAGCUGAGGCUCCAAUACUUUGGCCACCUCAUGAGAAGAGAAGACUCCCUGGAAAAGACCCUGAUGUUGGGAAAGAUUGAGGGCACAAGAAGAAGGGGACGACAGAGGACGAGAUGGUUGGACAGUGUUCUCGAAGCAACAAACAUGAGUCUGACCAAACUGCGGGAGGCAGUGGAAGACAGGAGUGCCUGGCGUGCUCUGGUCCAUGGGGUCACGAAGAGUCGGACACGACUAAACAACAACAAUGUAAUAAUAUGGAAAGAAAUUAAAAGAAAUUUAGACAUAUGGACAUAUUAGACAUAUGGAGUAGACUGAAUGUGUCAUUCUGGGGAAGAAUAGCCGUGGUUAAAAUGAAGGUGCUCCCCAAACUAUUAUACUUAUUUCAAACCAUCCCAGUAAUUACAGGAUUAGGACAGUUUAAGGAAUGGCAGAAAACAAUCUCAAGAUUUGUGUGGCAAGGGAAGAAGCCUAUUUAAGUUGUUAACUGAUAGAAAAGAAAGAGGUGGAUUCUCCCUACCUAACCUUAAACUCUGUUAUGAAGCUGCCUGUAUAACAUGGUUGAGGGAAUGGAUGAUACUUGAUAACACUGAUGUUCUAGACCUGGAAGGAUUUGCAAACAGGUUUGGGUGGCACGCGUACCUAUGGUAUGGAAAGGUCAAAGUACACCAGGAUUUCUUAAAUCAUGUUAUAAAAAGACCAUUAUAUGAAGAAUGGAUGAGAUAUAAAGACUUGUUUGAAAGGAAAACACCGUGGUGGUUGUCACCCCAGGAAGCCUUUUCAGUUAAAAAAUUAAAUAUGAAAGAUUUGUUGAAAGAACCUAUAGAGAUUUGUUGAAAGAAGACAAUAAUAUAAUCAAAAUCAGACCUGAUGAAGAUCUAAAACCUAGAUUGUCAGGAUGGAUGGAAUAUCACCAAAUUAAUGAUAUAUUCCUUAAAGAUAAAAUAAUUAUGGAUUUAAUCCUGAUAUAUCAAUACUGGAGACUGGGGUAUUACAAGGUCGUACAAAGAUGUUGUCUACUCUAAAGUAUAUGAAUUUUUGUUGGAAUGGCAUACAAAAGAUGAAAAAAUUAAGGAGGCCAUGACUAAGUGGGCAAUGGACCUAGGAUAUAAUAUCGAGUAUGAGAAAUGGAUGACUAUGGAAUUUAGGAAUAAAAUUUACCGCAUCCAUGACGUUAAAAGAGGAUUUGUUUAAAAUGAUGUAUAGAUGGUAUUUAACACCCACCAAACUAGCAAAGAUGUAUAAAAUGAAAAAUAAGAACUGUUGGAAAUCCACUGUAAAAGAGGGAAAUUUUCUCCACAUGUGGUAGUUGUGUGACAAGGUGAAGACUUUUUAGGAUAGUGUGUAUAAUGAGUUAAAAAAGAUAUUUAGGUACACCUUUUAUAAAAAAACCAGAGGCAUUUUUGCUAGGAAUGGUUGGAGAGGACAUUAAAAGGGAAGAUUAUAAAAUCUUCCUGUAUGCCACAACAGCAGGAAGACUACUCCUCGCACAGAGAUGGAAACAACAGGAUAUUCCGACAAUUGAAGAAUGGCAACCGAAAGUAUUGGAGUAUGCGGAAAUAGCAAGGCUAACUGGAAGAAUCCGACAGCAGGACGAUGAGAAAUUCCAAAAAGAAUGGUCCAAAUUUAUGGUAUACUUAGAGAAAACUGUACAUAAAUAAAGACACUCACAGGACUGAAAUAAAACUCAUAACGUUUAUUGUAAACAUUUGGUUAGACCACAAGAUGUAAUGCUUUAAUAUAAUAAGGAAUGUAUGUCUAAAGUAUAAUACAAAAAUUUAUUAAGGAAUUAUAGACAUUUAUAGAAUGUAUAUAUAGUAAUCACGCUUAAGUAAGAGCAAUGUAGAGAAGCCAGAAGAGGGGUGGAGGGAAGUUAAUUCGGAUAAGAUAUAGAUUUAAAGGAGAAUAAUAUUGUUAAGCUGUAUUGUGUUUAAGAUAUUUGGGGAAAAAUAAUAAAAAUUAUUGGGUGUGGGGAAAAGCCUCCUUCUUUUUUAUAAUUUAUUCACUGUUAUGUACUGAAGUUCUCACCCUGGGCCAGCAGGGGGAUACUGUAGAUAGUUAUGCAAAUGAAGGAUCGAAAGUGACAUUCAGUGAUUGGAUCGUUUGUAUGCAAAUGAAGGAUCGAAAGUGACGUUCAGUGAUUGGAUAGUUUUAGAAAAUGGCAACAGUUACAUUGUUCUGGAGCUCUAUAUAAGCAGGCUGACUGAGCUCCUCAGUCAGUUCUGUUCCAGCUUACAAAUAAAGAGCUGCUUUGGAAGAAUCGCUGUGUCAUCUGAUAUGUUCGCCCACAACUUAACAUUCACCAUCAGCGGUGAUAAUUUCUGGAGCAACAAGAGGGUCUAACGUUACUGAUAUUCAGUACCCUUCUAACAGAACCUCCUUUCUGUCUUUCCUGCAUGAAACGAUGAAUCCACGCUGGAAAAUGGCAGCCUAUCGACUGGAGCCUGGGAGGAGGCCUCUGGAAACAAGAAGACCCACACAAGAAUGUCAUCUGCCUGGGAAGGAGGCUCAGCAGAGACGCCGUCUGCAACCCCGAUCCACACCCUUAUGGUGACUUGGGGGAUUAG